GGCAAGGAAGACAGGGAAAGUGAGUGAUCGGUGUACGCGGGCCGAAGGAUUGCCCUUUACUGGGACAAGUGCAUACCGCGAGAAUUUUCUGGGAGGUUACAAACAGCGCCCGACCAUGGCGGGCUUCAAGCUCGGGAUCGUCCGCCUUGGCAGAACAGCAGGGAAAGUAAAAUAUGCUUUGUUAGAUGAGCGAGACAUUUCCCUGGUGGAAAACCAUGCUUUUGAGGCGCGCAUGGAAGUAGAUCCUGAUGGCAAUGGAGCUACCAUUUUUGCCUACACACACAACAUCCAUCGCAGUAAAUCUACUGCUCAACCUCUACACAACUUCCUCUGGGAAAGACAUUGUGGGGGAAUAGCUCCACGGUGGAAGGUUAUACAUAAAAAUGGUGUAACUGUGGACAACAGAAUGGAGAAUCUGGCUCUCGUCCCUGAAAACAGUACUCCAUACUUUGAAGAGCAGCCAUCUACAAAGUCAAACAGAGAGCAAAGUCUAUACUGGCUUGCAGUACAGCAACUACAGGAGGAACCACUGGAGUGUCCGGCUGAACCAAUCUACCACAAGGUCUACAACUGUAACGGAGACAGUGUUAGUGAGGAUGAAAAUUCCAUGUACUAUGAGUGUCACUAUCCACCCUGUACCAACAUGGAGAAACAGAUUCGUGAGUUCAGCAUCUGUGGCCGGUGUCAGGAGGUCAGGUACUGUGGAAUCUACUGUCAGCAGAAGGACUGGCCCACCCAUAAACGGUACUGUCGAGAACGGUUACGACCUUCACAGUGUGAACGACCUCCAGACAGAUAAGGUCAAGGUCACAGAUUUUAUUGUCAGUAUGACUGUAUGAAUGAGGAAGAGGGCAUGAUGAAUGGAAGCAAUCACAACACCACAGAUACCAAUAUAGGUCAAACCUAUACAGCAAAAACUCUGUCAGCCAGCUGUCGACUGAUCGAGGAUCUCAUCCACAACACAGACAAAGCAAAAACUCUGUCAGCAGCUGUCGACUGAUUGAGGAUCUCAUCCACAAUACAGACACAUCAAUGACCCCUGUCAGACAGUACAGACACAUCAAUGACCCCUGUCAGACAGUAGACACAUCAAUGACCGCUGUCAGACAGUACAGACACAUCAAUGACCUCUGUCAGUCAGUACAGACACAUCAAUGACCCCUGUCAGACAGUACAGACA